GUGAUUUUCUUCGCCGGCCGGUGGUGUCGUCUAUGUCUCAGCGGGUUGUUUACAGCAUUAAAUACUUCAUUUAGGAUGCCAGUUCACCCGCGCGAUAGAAAAGAGAAUAACCACGAGGAAAUGGACGUGGAUUAUCCCGAACAAGAGGCCAGCAGCUCCGACGAGGAGGACUCUGUGAGCUCGACUGCGUCUGAGGAUGGAGACACUUCAGACAUGGACGAUGAAGACUGUGAAAGAAGACGAAUGGAGUGUUUAGAUGAGAUGACAAACCUUGAGAAGCAGUUCACAGACCUGAAGGAUCAGUUGUAUAAAGAGAGACUGAGUCAGGUGGAUCUUAAAUUGCAAGAAGUGAGCGGCAGUGCUCCAGAAUACCUGGAGCCCCUGGCCACCCUGCAGGAGAACAUGCAGAUCCGGACCAAAGUCGCAGGGAUCUACCGUGAGCUUUGCCUGGAAUCUGUUAGAAACAAAUAUGACUGCGAGAUGCAAGCCGCCAGCCAGCACUGGGAGAGUGAGAAGCUCCUGCUUUUCGACACGGUCCAGAGCGAACUGGAAGAGAAGAUCAGGCGGCUGGAGGAGGACAGACACAGCAUCGAUAUAACUUCAGAACUGUGGAACGAUGGUCUGCAGUCUAGGAAGAACAAAAAGAAGGAUCCCCUCAGUUCUGGAAAGAAGAAGAAACCUGUCGUCGUGUCAGGACCAUACAUUGUUUACAUGUUGCAAGACCUGGAUAUACUUGAAGACUGGACCGCCAUAAGAAAGGCAAUGGCUUCGAUGGGCCCUCAUAGAGUAAAAGCAGAUGCUCCUCUCAAACCAGAACGACACCAUCAUGUUGCCCGAUCAGAGGACGGACGCCUGUUUUAUGACAACAAGUGGUACAGCCGAGGUCAGGCCAUAUGCAUCAACAGGAAGGAUGAAUACCCCACCAGCGCCACAAUAACCACUAUUAACCACGAUGAGGUGUGGUACAAACGUCUGGAUGGCAGCAAAUCGAAGCUUUACAUCUCUCAGCUCCAGAAAGGCAAAUACACCAUAAAACACUCAUAAAGACCCUCCUCCGUUCCUCCGUUCCUCGCCGUUCUUCCGUUUGUCACCGUACCGACCCGUAGACGCCCGGAUGGACUUGGUCUUACGUGCAUGCAUCACAUGCUUGCGCCUCCUGAGUUCGAGCUGCUAAACAAACACCUGGCUGCCGAGGAAAAGACGAAGCGCGCGUGUGCCUUGACGACAAGGAUGAGCCAGCAAGAGCCUCCUCGUUCAAAGCGUAAGAGCGGCGAAGCCCG